AUGGCUACAAAACUUUUAACAUCUGAUUUGGGACUUGAAGAACAGAUGGGUGAAUUGACUAAUAUUAAAGAAAUCACCCAAAAUAAUGACAUUUUUCAUCAAUAUGACAAGUUCGAAGAAUUUGAAGUUAUUGGAAAUGGAUCGAGGGGAAUUAUUCAAAAAGCAAUGUCUAUAACUUAUCAAAAAAUUGUGGUAUUAAAAGAAAUAUCACAAUCUCAAAAAUAUUCUUUCAAAGAACUUAUUAAUGAUGUUCAAAAAUAUCAUAAAAUAGAUAAUCAUGAUAAUAUUUUAAAAUUAUUUGGUCUAACACUACGAGCUUCAGACAAGUACAUUUUGGUCAUCGAGUAUGCGGAUAACGGUACUCUCAGAAACUAUUUAAAAAAUAAUUUUGAUACAUUGAAUUGGAAUGAUAAGCUCCGUUUGGCAAAGCAACUGACAAGUGCUGUGAUGCAUUUGCAUUCAAAUAACAUAAUUCAUGGAAACAUGCAUUCUGAAAAUAUUUUAAUUUGCCGCGGUGAUAUUAAAUUAAAUGCGUUUAGAAUCUCUGAACAUGCAACAAAAUCCAAUUCGCUUGCAUCUUUACUUACCUCAAUUCAAUAUUCAGAUCUUGAGUACUCGCAACCUAUUCAAACUCAUAAACUUACAAAACGUUCAGACAUCUAUACUCUCGGA